GAACUUUCUCUGGCCGGGGGAGCGCCUCCCCGCCGUGACGUCACUCAGCUCCAUAAAAAGCGCUGUAGUAGCUGACCGGGCUGCAGUGGGUAACUAGAGGUGCGAACGUUCUAUUCGCGGAAUCCUUUGGAUCAUUUAACUCGCGAGGAUUUUCUCAUUCUCGGUUUGGAACCAUGAAGUCUCCUAAAGUGAAGUCAGCUCGGAGAGGUAAGUGAGCGCUCUCAGGCUCUUAGUAAGUGCAGUCAUGGAGAGUCACACAGGACACCCAGCUAAAGCAGCGCUAAUCCAAUGACACCCUUUACCUGCCUGAUACUGGAGGCUAAUGAUAGGGGCUAUAUUGUCAUUAAAGUCAUUACUGCUGGCUGGGCUGCUGAACUCCCCACACAGCUCGUGUUAAAUAGAUGUCCAAAAAGCGAUCUUCGCAUGUCUUUCAAGCUCCUUAUAAAAUCUGGACCAAUGUCAAAAUGAACGAAGUCCACAUCAUGGCAGAUAAUCAGUGAAGUCCAGGACGAGGUAGGGACAGUCCAGAACUUAGUGUCUGAUUAUUAUGUAUAAACAUACAUUCAUUCUGUGUGUUCGAUCUCUCCAACUAAAACUAAGGUCCUAUGCUAUGAUGUGCAUCUCAUGCACCCUGGGAGGUGGGUUAGUGAAUUAUAACAUUGGCAGUGUAAUUACUAUAAGAGGGUGGUAAAAUGAAGAUUAUAGGUACACUACACUAGCAUCAUCUACAAUUACUGUGGAUUGCCUUGGGAUAGUUUUUUUUUUUUUUUUUACUGAGCAUCUGCUCACUGUUCAGAGACUAGGGGAGCAUUUGCAGUGGUUAACAUGGCAUUGAUGUCUAUUGAGCAGAGCUCCAGUAAUACGGAAUGGUUUUGUUAUAAGAGCUUUGUCUUUCUCUGUCUUUGUUCUCUAACCUCUGCUUAUGCUCUGUUGUGAAGGACUUGUAUGGUGAAAGAGAUUUCUGAUGGUAUCAGUUUAUAGUGAGGGUUUACAGGCUCUAAUCAUUUUAAGGAAAGUUUUUAAAAACUUUCCUUUGGGGUCUUGAACAGCUAGUGAGUGUGUGUCACCUAUGUAUUACAGUCACCGGAGCAGAAGGUGACUCAUAGUGGUUUAAUGUCUGCCCACAUUAUAGAAGCUGUGAAGCUUUUUUUUUCUGAAUAAUCUGUUGCAAAAGUUUCCACUUGUUGAUAAUGUUACAAAUACACACAAAUUGUAGAAUUGGGUAUUUUUCCUUUCUUGUAAUAUUUAUAGCAUUUGCCCGUAAAUGCAGGGUAAUUAAAACAGAAUUCAGAUAUAUAUUAUUUAUUAACUUAUUUUAAGAACCCCUUGACAGUUUUGCAUAGAAGAGUCAUUUAGUGUCUAGUCUGUGUUUGCUAUGUUGUACUGUGUCUUUGCACUAUAGUCUCUGAAUGACUGAGUUGGCAAUUUUUAUCUCAUUAUUACUAAUACUUAUCUUGAGUUUCUUAUUGUGAACUCAGAGAGAGAGAGAGAGAGACACUGACAAUAUACCUUUUGCUGCAGGGCUUGUGCUUUAACAAUCCACACAAUUUUGUGGCAUUUAUCCAACUAAGGCAGUUGCUAGAAUUCCUAUUUAUAAUCACAAAAGACACUUAAAACCGAUCCAAAUGGGAAAAAAAAAAUUCAACAAAGUAAAUGAGUUCUGUAAAAAGUAGUUAAACUAAACUUGGUAUUGAUUACUUUAAAAAAUACGUCCUUUUUACACACAAUGCCAAUCAUCUGAAACUCGAAAUGAUGUAGACUGUCAUUUACUGGAUCUCUUGUGCCUUUAAAAAAGAGAGUUUGGCCAGUGGAGUGUAGACAUAAUUAUAAAUUUAAUAGACAGCCUAGUCUGGUAGUGAUGUCAUCUUUCUGGUAUUGAAGAUGCCUGCUUCUAUUAAGACAGGGUCUGUGUAAUAUUUAUAUUAUAUAUGUAUUACAGACACAUCUUAAAAGAUUUGCUAUAUAUUGUUUUGUCACUAGCGUGUGUAUAAAUAUUCCUUUUUCUCUGGUGUUACAGAAAUGUUUAGCAUGUGUCUGUCAAACUGGUGGCAGUAUUUUGUUCCCUAAUUUAAAUGUAUAAUUUUUUUUCCUCCUGAUUUCUUGUUAUUAGCGGCUUUUAUUGAAGAUGACGAUUUAAAUGAGGUGCUUUGUGAAUUUGAUGCUGUGAUAGCAGAUUUCUCCUCUCCUUUCAACAAGAGACGCUUUCGAUAUGAUGAACAUCUCCAAACUAUGAAGAGAAGGAGCAGUGCUAGCAUCAGUGACAGUGGUAUCAGCGACUCAGAAAGUAAGCUUUAUAAUCUUGCGUGUCAUGGACUAAAGUGAUGAUUUACAUGGAAUAAGUGACCUGUAGAGUGUACUGUGAAGGAAUUAAACAGAUAACAUCUGAGAUUCAUCCCAUCAUUAUCUUACCAUACAUCCAUAUGACAAGUAAUGCCAAUAACAAAUAUCGUCACGCAGCAUUGAUUUGGUACCCGUUACCCAUAAAGCAUCCCUCUAAUAAAUGACUUCUGUAUCACAUUUAUCUAUAGCAUCCAACACACGCACUAAACUUGAUGAGAGCAAUGUCCCUGGAUUGUAAAUAGAGUGAUACAACAGCUCCUUCUGUUAAAGGGAUGGAGGAAGCUGUACGAAACAGCUGGAAAUUGAGGUGUUAACCAGCCACUGGCCCUGUAGAUAUUUCGUUGUAUUUUUCCUACAGGGCUGCCCAAUAUCCAAUUAGAUUAUGUGAAUGAUGUGUAGAAUCAGCCAGUGUCUAGUUACAGCAGUUAUUUGGUGGCCAAGUAUGACAAGUCCUGAUCUAAUCACUCAUUUAGAAAAAAAUAACUUAAUAGAUAUAAUGUUUCAAGAAAACUUUUUUAAUUGUUUAAUGGCUACAAAAUCAGCUUUUGUGUAGCUAGAUAAUGAGGUAUUGAACUACAACUCCCAUGAUUCUACACAAGCCUGUGGCCACCUCUGUCCAUGCUAGGCAUCAUGGGAAGGAUAACAAGACAAAAUCUUUGGCAAUAUUUAUAAAAGUAUUCUGAAAAGUGAUGGUUAAAUUCCUUCAUAAUUUUGAAUUUGUUUAUAAAAGUGAUGUAGAAAUAGUUAAGACUACAUGGCACAGUUUUAGUGAGGACAUAGGAAAGCUAAAUGACCAAUAAUGGGGAGUUUGGCUUUCUGUUGGGCUGUGGUCCCUUUAAAUAAAAGUGGUAUGUUGCUCAAACACUUUAAGAAUUCACUUUGGUUUGGAAACUUUGUUUGCACAUGUGGUUUGAUCUACCCACUGGCAAAGUCUCUGAAAAUGUCCUCAGACUAUUCUCUAAAGACUUUCGUAAAUGUCAUUAAAGGAACACUAUAGUCACCUAAAUUACUUUAGCUAAAUAAAGCAGUUUUAGUGUAUAGAUCAUUCCCCUGCAAUUUCACUGCUCAAUUCACAGUCAUUUAGGAGUGCCACAAGUCCAGACCCUGGUCCGGAGCACGAGGAGACCAGCCGCUUCCCCUCAGCUCUGUUCCAGGUAGGCCGUGGCAAGGGUACCAGAUUCUCGGUAUGAGUCAGCUUGUCUGGGCACCCCUGACCUGAAGGGCCCGUUUAGCGUUGUGUAAUAGCCGUGUUUGUCGGUUAAUAGCUCGAUUUUCAGACAAAUUGUCUGGAGUUCCGGCUCUCCACAUCUGCUUUGCUCGGAGGUCAUGCUCCGCCUCCGGCAGCUCAGUUUUGUAAAUAAAGCCCUUAGUUUGCCACGCGCUGUGAAUUUUGAGAUGAAAGAUUUGUUUCUGGUAAUUGUUGCUUAGCAUAUCACAAGGGUUUAUAGAUUAUUGGUGAUUGACCAAAGGCAAAAAUAUAACAGUUAUAUUGCAAGUUGGAGUAAGCAAUGCAUGUUUUACAUUCAUAUGCUGCCACAGGCACCGUUUUGGUUACUAUUCUAGGUUCUCUAAGUUUCAAUGACCUGUAUCCCCCAAAACAUCAGAUCCAGUUAAUUAGCCCAGUUAGCAAAAAUGGUGAAUGAGCUUUGCCCUAUUUAGGGAUUAAAAAAACUAACCCAAAACACCUUAAGGAGAAAGUUGUCUUUUGUUUUUAAAUUUAUAUUAUACGUGUGUGUAUAUAUCUGGUGUAACGGUGCAGUUUGUAAUUAGACAUCUCAUGUUCUGGUGUCUCACUACAGUAAUUUAAAGCAGGAAAUAUGUGUGUGUGUGUGUGUGUGUCUUCCAAGCAUUCAUUGAUGUUCUGCCAUAACUCGUCUGACGUGUACAUAUCGAAAAUCAAAGCCACAUUUAAUUUGCAAUAGGAAGUCCAAUUUAUUUUCCUCUACCGCUGUAAUUAGACUGCCUUAUAAAAAAUGCUCUCUUAAACAGUUCAUUUGAAAAUAUAUCCUUCUGUAUUCAACUGACUUUAUGUUGACCCAUGCUUAUCCUUCAGUCAGCCACCCUUCUGUUAUGGAUUAAAAGGCUGUAAAGCUAUCUUAUGUAUGUGUGUGUGUGUAUAUAUAUAUUAAAAUCAGCAGGUACUAGAGAUUACUGUGUUAAGGUUGAAGAUAUACUGUGGUAUUUCCAAUAUCUGUAUUGCUUUUAAUUCUUGCCUGAAUUCCAGCCAUGGGAUUUUUUUCGUUCAUUGGAUGCAUUUUUCACUUUCCCCCCAUCUUGACUAGGGAAAUAAACGCGUAUUCUGCAGGUCAUACAAUACAUUUUCUGCCUCUUACAGCCUUUACUAAUUCCAUGCCAAGGAAAAUGCCCAUCCUUUGCAUGUUAAAUAUUGUGAUAUUUGCUAGACUCAGGACUGAUAAAUUCUGAAAGGCCAAGAUCUGAACAACAAUUAGAAUUUAGAGAUGUACUAAUGGCAUACAGAGAGGAAUCCAAUAUGCAAAUGUUUAUUUUAGUUAAAAUACCCUCUCCCCAUGGGGGGAAAGGCACUUAAUUUUAAGGGGUGUGGCCAAAGGCAAGGCAGUUUUGGAAAAAGUUUAGGUGACUUACUAAGAGCAAUUUAUGUAACUAAAACGUGCUUAAAAUUCUGAUACAUUGUUCUUGUUCUAAAUUGUAUUACUGUUGUGGAGCUGGUAUAAACUCGGACACCGCAACAAUAUGAAGAUCCUAGAAAAAAGGGACAACUAGAUGUGGGCCACGAAUAGUGACUGUCACUCCUAAAUAGAGGCACUUGGGAGGUAUGACUGUGUGCACUAUGUAUGAGAGGCUGGCUGCAGGCAGUGCUGCAUAGCUAUAGAGCAACAUAUGACUUAGACUACCACAGAAUGCGGUCACUUGAUAUAUUAGAGUGCCUACACACGUAAUAUAUUAAUGUGUAUCCUGUAGUCACUUCUCUAACCCAUAAAUUCAGGGUGUGUAGAUUUAACUUCUAGACAGUAGCUCAAUUUCAUGUCAAGGUUAGAGUUUCAUAAGUAGUUUGAAGCUUCCACUCCUCUGGCUCCUGAAAAUUACAGGAAAUCUUUUUGCUGUUGUAAAGUAUAAUGUUGCUUCUGUGGUUUAGUUAUAUUUAGCCUAUGUGUUUGUAACACAAACAUGCAUACUAUAUUAAGUCUGAACUAUCACAACAUCUCACCACAGUCUACUCCCUGCUUAAUUCGCAAUAUAUUAUUGACCAUAUCACCAUACUCAUUGGCUACCUGUAGGAUUCCAAAUACUGGAGGUGAAAACUAUACCGAUGGAUGAAUUUGUUUUCCCGACAAGUUAAAAGUAAUAUGGGUACAAGCAGGGUUCUUUUAUUUAAAGGGACACUAUAGUCACCAGAACUACAUCUUAUUGUAUAUGUUCUGGUGCAUGCUUUUUUUGCAAUAAACACUGUCUUUUAAGCCUAGGGAUACCUCCAGUGGACUCUCUUCAGGUGGCUGCUAGAGGUGCUUUCUUGGGUGGUGGUGCAGUGUCUCCAUCCUCUGCAUGAAGAUGCUGAACUGUUCUCAUAGAGAUGCAUCUCUCUAUAAGAUGCUGAUUGUCGAGGGCUGUGUUUAGCUUGUGCUGGCUCUACCGCUGAUCUGCCUCCUUGACAAUCUCAGCCAGUCCAAUUAUUUCCUAUGGGAAAUCAUUGUGAUUGGCUGAGGUCACCAAUUUUGAUGUCUGCCAAGGAGGCAGAUCAAGGGCAGAGCCAGUAGCAGCAGAUUGGAGUAAAGUAAGAUAUUACUAUAUUCAAGGGGCUAGAUGGUGGUUUUUAACACUGUAGGGUCAGGAAUACAUUUAAUAUCAUUCAUAAACCCUGUAAAAGUUAUAACACCUUAAUUUAAGAGGACUAAAAAUAACUGGACAUUUCACUGCCGAGCAGUUUGUUGCAUUUUUUAAGUUCAAGCAGAAGGGAGCAAAACAAUAAAUAAAAUCUAGGUGCGCAAUUAACAUUUUGAGUCUGUUGCUUUUGUCUUUUAACUCGGUGUUCCCCAGCCCAGUCCUCAUGACCCACCAACAAUCCAGGAUUUGUGUAUUUCAUUGUUUUAUUUCAAUGGAGAUACUUGCAAAACCAGGACUUUUGGUGGUCCUUGAGGAUUGGAUUGGGGAACACUUAACUAAAGGAGUCAAAGGCUAUUGCCAAUAAAGGGCCAUCAUGAGGUUCAAUGCAAAAUAGAAUGACGAGUUGGUUAGUUAAAAUCUGCCAUGGUAUAUUUCUAAUAAGAACACACUGACCUCAGGAAGCUAUUCUAUCAUAGUGGAUAUACAGGCACAAAUAUAGACUAUGAUUUGUCCGUGGCCCCCAGGUAAAUUGACUGAGAUGCCUGGUCUAUGGCUGCAGACUUCAGGCUGGUUUUGACUACAACCAAGUACAAACAAAUGUUCUAUUAUUUGAUUAAUUUGGCCCCUUAUAGACCUUUUUAUAUAUAGACUAGGACUUUAAUUACUGUAUCUAUUCUAUUUAAUGUGAUCGAUUUUACAUCCAAUAUGUAUACUUUUAGUCUUUAAUACAUUUCAAACACAUGAAUUUAGAACUGAAAAAGCAAAAUGUGUAUCACCUUAAUAGCUAAGAAUGCAAUCUAAAGAAUUGCUGAAUGCAUUUAAAUGCAGGCCCCACUUACAGAUCCCAAUUCCACCCUCAAUUUUCAGACUGCGGUCAAAUCACUCAGUGCUGGUUUUAUGAUCAGAAGUAAAUCUGCGACUGUAUAAAAUCGAUGGUGCCGUUUUUAGAAUACGUAAAGAGCUUUCAGGAUGUCACCUAUAAAAUAUGUGAACUGUUAUGCCGUGGGCCUCUCUGCUGCAUAAAUGGCUUCUUUGUUUGCUCGUAAUGUUAGAAGAUUCAUUAGGUUAGAAUUUAAAACCUGAUCUGGUCACCAUUACCCCUGAAUAUAAAUCAUAAUGCGGCUUGGUAAUGCAGUAAGAGAAUGAAUUGUAAUAUAAAACAGUAGCACAGCUUUAAAACAGAUUUGUUCACAUGCACCACUCGGGCCUAGUGUGCAUUAUUUUUUAUUUCUUGAUUGUUUUAGCUAUAUAAUCAUAUGGGCGUUGCUGGGAACCUUGGGACUGUAGAUUUUAGAAUUGUUCGCACAUGUAGAGGCCACUCCAAUAUGCCAAAGGCCAUUGACAUUUUUUGCAGAUCUCCUUGCUUUUCUAAAGCCUGUUUCUCAGGACCUGCAGCAGUCUACAACUUCAAAAUUGAAAAAUUAAAUCUCCAAAAAGCGUACACAAAUGUGCUUCAGUCAUGGGGAUCAGAGUGCCAGAUUUGGCUAUUGCUCUCUGGUUAUUCAUAGGAGAUUAGUUUUCUGGAGUGCUAGGCUGGUAAUACAAUCUGCUGCAGGGCUUCUCGUUUCAGAUGUCACGUUGGUGAACACCAAAAACAAAAUCAAAAGUAGCCUUGCAGGUUAUUAGUAAAUAACUCAAGGUGUUAUGUGUGUGAAAGUUCAACAAUUUACAACAGGACAAAGCUAUUAAUUAUAUACCAUAAAUUAAUAAAGAGUUGGCUGUCAAUAUCCAUUGUGGGUUGGGAAUGGUGGAAAAAUUGCAGUGUGUGUGUGUGGGGAAUUUGUAAUCUUGCAUAAACUCUUAGGGGACACCAAUGCUGUGAAUGGUGGUAUUUCUGUUUUUUGUGUUGCAUGUUGUGGUAUGCAUAGUAUAUUCUGAACUAUGUUGAAAAUGUCCUCUGGAACCUCAAUAGCCAUAUGUGGUCACUGGCAACGGAUAUCAUUUAUUUAUAAUUUUUUUUUUUUUUUUUUCCUAGGUGCAGAUUCUCUUUGUAGAAACAGCUUAAGCUUCAGUGAUGAAAAACUAAACUCCCCAACACUCUCUUCACCAGUAUUGUCUUCUCCAAUGGAGACCCCCAGAAAAGGUAUGACAUCCACAUACUUGCUUACAUCUUUCUGUAUAAAAUAAUUGGGUUAAUGUUGAGUGCAAGGUCAAGAGCAUCAUGGAAAACCUGACCGAAUUACAGUAAAUAAGGCAUCAAUGAAGUUAUUUAUUUAAAUGUCCUCUUUUUGCAGUUAGGGGUGCACAAGUAACAGACAACAUUGUAGGAAAUUGAUGAAAAGUUUAUAUAGUCGGUCAGGGCUGGUAUAAGGACAUACAAGAAUUCUCACAACAGACAAGUUCACCCAUGAAGCAUUGAAUUAGUCUUUCCAGGCCCCGACAGUGGAAACUUUGUUUCAAAACAAGUAUAUUAGUCCCCUUAUGUAUUUCAGAGUUUGGUAUAGGCAGUAUAGUGUUAAAUGUGUGUUUUUAUUUGCAAAUUUACAAUUUGACUCUGUUUACAGCUAAAUUGGGAGACACAAAAGAGCUGGAAGAUUUCAUUGCUGACCUUGACAGAACCUUAGAAAGUGAGUAUACAGUGUUCUAAACAGAACUUUUCAUGCAAUGGAUAAUUUCAGUGCUGUUAACAAUAGCGAUAUCUGCAGGUGCACAGCCAGUUUCCCCCCUCUAUACUGAACGUUAAGGCCAUAACCUUAAGAGGAUGUGGUUAGAGACUGAUCUCUGAGAUCAUUCCCUCAAAAAACUCUGUAUUGUAUCCCACUUGCAAUAUAUGCAAAAUAUAAUGUAUGUCAAUGUUUCAACUGUUAAUUUAAAACUGUGACUAAACCACAGACUAACAAACGUUAAACCUAUUUAAGACCCAAUUAAAGAAGCAUUUCCCUUUUCAUAUAAACUUAGCUCUGCAGUAACACAGGUAGCAGCUGUGGCUUUUAAUGUUAAGUCUUGGCUUAUAGUAGCUUGAGAAUACCAAAGUUACGGUGGAAUAAAUCUAAUAUUUUAUAGAAAGAGUUCGUAUGAGUGGAACUGUAUGCAUAGGUACAGACCGCAAUCCUGCUCUCUACACAUGACACCUAUAAGUUCAGUGACAAAUAGGACAUCCACAAUUUGAUGCACUACACAUGGCAUUAUUUAUUCACAGUGAACUGCGUAUUAUGGGAAAAUACCAUAUGGGAGUCCUGGAAAUAUAAAUAUCUAUAUCUAUAUAUAUAUAUAUAUAUAUAUAUAUAUAUAUAUAUAUAUUCAUAUCAUUGAUCUUUUGUCUAAUGGUUAUGAUGUUCUUAAAGUGUUACCUUGUUGCGUCAUAGUAUUUUGAAAUGAUCAUGGUGUCUGCAGUCUGUAUGUGCAGCGUUUUGCUGUGAAACAUUGAGAUUUACCACUCUGCUCCCAGAGGUCACUCCACCUCCAGCAGAGUCAUUGUGAUGUCAUCAACACAGAACUGGAAUCCUAGGCUGGCUAAUGCACAGAAUUGCAAUCCUUGGCUGAAAGCAGUCAGCUGAUGCUCUCAGCCAAUGCAUGGCCAGCAAGAUUGGCAUUCAGCUCUGCAGAACCUGGAAUGUGUGACCCAGCCAGCCUUAAAGGAGACCAGGCUCUGACAGGACCAGGUAACAGAGCAUUUAUUGCAAAACAGAAAACAGUUUGCCCCAUAACCGGGAAACGAAGCAAGGGUACUUCGGUAGUAGUUCUGCUGCCUAGAGUAAUCCUUUAAGAAGCCCUCCAUGGCUUUUUCCCAUACGUCAUCCAUUACUGUUAAUUGUAGAUAUUCAUAAAUGCAAAAAGACUGUAUGCAUAUUAUAUAUAUAAUAUUCUUGUAUUAAUAUCCCUGCUAUCUACCUUUGUGUGUGAAAGUAAAUUAAUUAAGAAACAUAUAUGUAUUCUAAAUAAAUCAACUCUCACACAUGAAGGUAGAUUGCAGGGCUACUGUUCAUACAAGUCCUGUCUGUUGACCGCUUUGACUGACAAGCUAUUUAAUAUUUCCAGGCAUGUGAAGAAUGACCUCCCCCAGUGAUCUCCUGAUCCCUACAUCGACACAGACGGCUGUACAUCCUCAUGAAGAAUAUAGUAUUUCACAAGUCUGACUACCAAUGGAAUACUAUCCUAAUAACGUCCUAUUCGACUUCCGAAUGUGCUCACUGCAUGAAUUAAGAAAAACUGAUAUUUUUAAUACUGGAGAUACAGUUGUGUUGUAUAUUUUUGUUUAAAUAUUGCUUCAUUUGUAAUUUAAAAUGCUUUUCUGGAGAUAAAUUGUAAUGUUAUAUAGUUCAGAAAUGUAAUGAAGCCAUUACCAUUUAUAAUAUAUGUGUAUAUAUAUAUAUAUUUUUGUAUAUAAAUAAAUUAAAAAGAAAAAGUUGACAGUCCAUUACUUCUUGUUAAUGAUUACCGAGCAGAUUAUAAAAAUUUGGACUUUAUAAAAAAAAAUACAGAUUUCUCUAUCCAGUCAAUAUGUAUAUAUGCCCCGCAAUAAACAAAUUAAUUACUUAUAUUGCACCAGAUUAGACAGUUCUUGACAUAAUUCUAAGAACUGAUGAGGUGCAGUUAGACAGACCAUGACCUAUUAAUGCACAAUGAGGAACAAGCCCCACCUGCUAAAAAAGUAAAAGUCAAAACCUGUAUUAGACAAUGUCUUGGUUACAAAAAACAUUUUAAGUUCUGAUGCUGAAACUGACAGUUUUUUUUUUUUUUAAUGGAAUUGAUAGAAGGCCCACCCUAAGACGUCUUCAACCUCUUUGAACUGGGUUGUCUGCUAGUAAAUCUCUGCCUAUUUCCACCAAGCACUAAAUAUCAUGCACCAUUAACAUUUUGAGGUCUAAAUGCUUUAACCUACUAACCACUAAACAAUUGUGAAAAAGUAAGAUAUUUAACAGUUAAAGAAUAAUCCAUCAAAGUAAUGCAAAUUAUAGGCAAAAAACCCUGUAAAAGUACCUUUAAUUUUCAACUGGUUUUAGAGGUUGUUGGGUUAGUGUAACUUUGGUUUAACCAUGGGUUUUACCCCAUUCACGGAUACUUUAUUGCUCUCCCCUUCACAUGGGACUUAUUAAAGGUCAUAUUCCUCAGGCGGAGUGUGCAUCGAGAGGGCGUUUCAGUAUUUUGGACCCUGGCAAGCCCUGAGGUGUACUGCUUCACCAGUACAAUCUGCAGGGUCGUUUCGUAAUAUUUCUUCCAAUCUAAUCCACUUUACAUAGAGGAAGCCAGACAUGAGUCAUCUGUGCAAUUGCUGGUAUAAAUCUGCACAUCUGUAGCUGUGGUGGCCAUCAAAUGCUGUGCACGUAGGAAGUCACAUGUGUUGCACUAUUGAACUCCAUUCGCAUUACUUAAUUUUUUUUCAACAAAUAUUGCUUCAGUUAGCAGGGCUGUUAAUUGAACUCUGAUAUUUAGCAAAUUAAAACGGCAAACUAAGGCCAAGAUUGCAGAUUUGAAAAAUUCUCUUACAACUGAAGUGUAGUGAGGAACCCAGUUAGUGAGACAGUGUGUAAAAUAAAUUAAUAUCUUAUAAUACACAAAUUGGACACUUUUGUUUUAUAAUAAUUGCAAGCCAUUGACAAAAAUCCAGCUUGGCAGAUCCUGAGCGAGGGCAUUUUGUGUAAUCUCCAAUACCAAGCACACCUAUCAGUGAACAUACCCCUCCAAGGAAGCCCACAUGCAGAAUUCUAAUGAAGCACUUAGGGAUAAGGCCCUGUGUUUUGUGAUAAGUAAGCAAAUUUUAAGGGUUACUCUAAGCCCUAAAACAACUUUAGAGUAAUGAAGGGUUUUGGUGUAUAGAUCAUGCCCCUCAGUACCAAAUUGUCUCAAUUCUUCACACGUCUUGUUCCAUUUUUAUUAUAACUUCUCUUAUUGCACAGUUUGUUUAAUUUAGAUGUUCUUUUCACAUAUUCUUAAAUCGUAAUUGCCUGCUAGAGCCUACAGCGACCACUUGUGUGAUUAAGUUCAAA